GGAGAAUCCAAUUCGGAUUCCGAUCUUUCUUUUUACCACCGCCAAUUCCUCGUCUGUUGGUAAAGAGAUUCCACCUCUUCUUAUCUCUGGAUCGCUGAAAAGUGUCCACUCGUAACCAAAUGGCGUCGGCUACUGGAAUCCCUCAGGAACAUCCGCAAACCAUCACCGCGCGUGAAGAUGAGCCUCUGCUAGGUUCCCCGGGCGAUGUCGUCCAGGAAGACCAGCAGCCCAUCUUUUACAAUCUCGUGACGGGGACGGCGUCGGUGGCACAGUUCGGCAUCUGGCUACUGGUCAUCCUGGUUUGGUCAAACGUCCUGUCACAUCCAUGGAUGCUCUUUUCCGCCCAUCCGCUCCUCAAUUCAACGGCCAUUCUUCUCCAAGUCCAGGCUGCCCUGGUCCUGCAACCCACAGUGACUCCCCAGCAAAAGCUCCUUGGCACUCGCAUUCACUAUGGUAUCCAAGCCGUCAGCAUCCUCGGCUUCAUCAGUGCCUUUAUUGUCAUCGAAGUCAACAAGGGCAAUCAUGCCCGCCUGACGUCGCCGCAUGGCAUCAUGGGCCUUAUCACGUACAUACUCAUCAUCCUACAGGCCACUGGGGGCCUGGUACAGUAUUUCUUCCCCACGCAGGUGCUGGGAAGUGUCGCCCGCGGUAAGGCGAUGUACAAAUAUCAUCGUAUGGUCGGGUACACGUUGAUGACGCUCGAGUUGGCUACCGUUGCGGCCGCUACGCAGACGACGUUCAACCUGUCUGUGCUGGCGAUUCCGCUGUGGGCAGUGCUGUUAGCGGCGGUUUUGGUUAUCGCGGGACUGGGGGCUAGGGCGAAGAAGCAGAAGUUAGGCCUGUAAUUUCCCUUUAUUGCAUGCUUCGUAUUUCUCCAAUUUCCGUCUCUGCUAUAUCUAUGGUUAGAAGACAAGAAUGGCCGUGGUGGUUGGAGUCUGUGGAUAUUUGAUGAUUACAUUGAGUCACUUGGUAUUUGUCAGUUCUAUGAUAUUAUCUAGC